AUGCGCGAUCCUUGGGAGGAGGUCCAGCAUCCCCAGAAGGCCAAACAGCAUUUCCUCGCCUACCUUCGUGAUGAUGUGUUCCGCUUCAAUUUCUACCGUCUUCAUAUGUUCUACUUCAUCGUCGUGAUCUUGAUCUUUUCUAUCAUAGUCUACGGUGAAGGCCUGGCAAAUGGCUCGACUAAAGUCAAUGGCACAAAGCUUCGAUACAUAGAUGCUUUGUUUCUAUGCUGUUCGGCAAUGACAACGACUGGUCUGAAUACCGUGAACUUUGGCUCAUUGACAUCCUUCCAGCAAGCGAUGCUCUGUGUCUUGCUGUUGAUCCGCAACGUGGUCUUUGUGUCUACCUUCGUGGUUGUCAUCCGUCGGCAUUUCUUUCGCCGAAAACUGGCCCAUGUUGUGGAGCAUUCGAAAUCAGGUCGCAAAGUUCUCCGCGACAUCGAACGUCAGGAGAGAUAUCAGUCGAGCAGAUCGAAGCGCAGCCCGUCAACAGAGCUUACCCCGAACGGACAGAUUUCUAGUCAUGAAAGGAGAGGUUCACUGAGGAAGCGGCUAACUACUAACCCCGCCGAGUCUCGCAAUCGAUCAAGUGGCUACGACCAGCGAUACCAUCACCAGAAUGGCUAUGGGUGGAUGCCAGCUCCCUGGGAAAUUGCAAGUGUACGGAAUGCCUUUCACCACCCAUUUAAGAAGCUUGCUUCUUGGGGAGUGAGAGAUCAAUCUUACCUAGCAUUUGAUGUCAAUUUGGACGAGAAAGGUCGCUUUAGGGCAUUGAAUGAGUAUGAGCGAGCAGAACUAGGUGGCGUUGAGUAUCGAGCCUUAGGGGCCCUGCUUUGGAUUCUAGCAGCUUACAAUCUCUUUUGGUUGGCGCUGGGCACAGCCUUCUUGGUCCCGUAUUCCUAUCGUUCCAGUGUCGUAAACGUCCUCCACUCAACGCAACUUGGCAGCCUCAACCCUGGCUGGUUUGGGUUCUUUGCCUGCUCAACCUCCUUUGCCAACGGGGGUCUUAAUCUGGUCAACGCAAAUUUCAUUCCAUUCCAAAGCUACUAUUUCAUCUUGACCGUCUGUGGGGUCCUUAGCCUGGCGGGCAACACGCAGUUUCCAAUUUUGCUUCGUCUGGUCAUCUGGAUAAUGUCCAAAAUAUCCCCAUCUGGCUCAAACUUCCGACAAACCCUCACGUUUCUUCUCGACCAUCCUAGGCGAUGCUUCCUCUACCUCUUUCCAGGAAAGGAAACUUGGUACCUCUUCGCCAUUCAGCUGAUGAUCGACUGUACAGGGUGGAUCCUUUUCGAAACCCUCAAUCUCGGACUCCCUGCCGUAAUGGCGAUCCCAACAAAGGUCCGAGUCUUUGACGGUCUCUUCCAGGCAACAGGCCUCCGAACAAGUGGUGCAUCUAUCAUCAAUAUGAGCUACCUUGCGCCUGCAUUGCUGAUAGCAUACCUGAUCAUCAUGUACAUUUCAAAUUUCCCCAUCGUGAUGGCGCUCAGACAGACGAACACAUACGGAGAACGUUCCAUUGGCCUGGAUAAGGGCCAAACUGGUAGGGGCCUGGCGAUGCAUUUGCAAAAACAAUUGGCUUAUGAUCUCUGGUUUCAGCUCCUCGCCUGGUUCCUCAUUUGUAUCUUCGAACGGGGCAAAAUUGUCGCAGAGCAACCGGGCUUUAGCAACUUCAACGUGCUUUUCGAAGUCGCCUCGGCUUACGGGACCGUUGGCCUCAGUACUGGUGUACCGUAUGACACUUACUCACUCAGCGGCGCGUUUCAGACAACAUCCAAGCUUAUCCUGCUGGCGGCGAUGAUAAGAGGGAGACAUCGCGGUCUGCCUUUAGCUAUUGACAGGAGCAUUCUUCUACCUGGGGAAGAGCUCAUGCACAAAAUGGAUACAGAGUAUAAAGAAGACGGUGAGCUUCAUUCGCAGGACGAGGCGGAAGUACGCAGAGACGAGGAAUUGAGCGGCAGAAAUGAUAUGUCUUGGGGUGAAGGUGCUGAGCAGGAUCCUGAGCGAGACAAUAACGGCAACAUUUCCGGAGACCGGGAUGGCGAGAGCGGGAGCAAGACCCCCAAUCAGAACCAGAAGGAGAAGAACAGAGUGGACUUUCAGCUCAGCUGA